CAUCAUCGCAGGAACAGCGGCACUUUCCUGUCACAAUACAUUGUGGCAGGAUCUUACUGCUGCUACAAGAUGAAUUAUUUCCUGGUGCUGAGCAAGACCCACGGGGGAAGCGUCCUGUCACGGUAUCAGCGGCUGCGCUUGGAGGGGCGUCUCUGUGACGUGGUGCUGGUGGCGGGAGGUGGCUCGCGCUUCCCUGCCCACCGCAGCCUGCUGGCCUCCUCCAGUGACUACUUCUGGUCCCUCUUCCAGGAGCACACUCACGAGUUCCAGGCCCCAACUGUUCACCUGCCCCAGCUGUCUGAUGUGGGCCUGAGCCACAUCUUGGACUUUAUCUACUCCUCCUGGCUUUUCCUGUCCCCCACCACCCUGGAGAAAGUACUGGAGGCUGCCUGCUACUUGCAGGUCACUGGCGCCAUCCAGCUCUGCAGCAGCUACAUCGCUGACAACCUCUCUCCCGACAACUGCUGCUUCUUUGCUAAUGUUGCAGCCCGCUAUGGCAUAGCCGAUGCCCUCUCUGCUGCCAACAGCUUCAUUGCGCAAAGGAUGAGGGAGUUCCUGAAGCCCGGGGAUGGGGACUGGGAUGGGCUCUUGCAGUUGAACGGGGACUCCCUGCAAAUGGUGCUGAGAGCUGAGGAGAUACCCGGUGUGCAGGAACAGGCCCUGCUCACCCUGCUUCUGGACUGGCUGGACCACCACAAGCUGAGCAGCCUGAGGAGCAACUUGUUGCUUAGCAACAUCCGCUUUGCCCUGGUACCACUGGAGGAGCUGAGCCAGCUGUGCGCCAGCCGCCCUGCACUGCAGACACCCUUCAUAAAGAGCCUGGUCCUAAAGGCGCUGGAGUACCACCGACAGGGGCCACGCAAACCGCUGCUGCAGACCACCCACAGCACCCUGCGGACUCAAAGAGCCAAGGUGCUGUUGGUGGGGGGAGGACCAGAGGCCGACCGGCCAGAGAGGGAGGUCCUUACCUUCGAUCUCCACUCAAAGAAAUUCUGUCCUCUCACCCUGCUUCCAUGCAGGGUCCAGCACCACUGUAUCUGCACACUGGGCAACUUCCUGUUCGUUCUGGGUGGGGAGGUGGUGGAGGUGGACGAGAGCGAAAAGGUGAUUGGCAGGGUGGUUACUGACCAGGUGUGGCGCUAUGACCCCAGGUUUCAACACUGGGAGGAGCUUGCACAGAUGGGUGAGAAGCGGGCAAGCUUCUCCUGCUGCUUGGUAGACGGGGUGAUGCAUGUCAUUGGGGGACGCGGAGCUAGGGGAGCAGAGGACUUGGUGCUGGACAUAGUGGAGGUGUAUGACAUGGACGUGGAUUGCUGGCGGAGGGCCCCGGACCUCCCGCUGUCUAUGCAUGGCCAGGCCUGCUCCACACACGGGGGCACCAUCUACAUUUCUGGCGGUAUCCAUGGAAACCAGGCUGAGAGCAGCCGGGAGGUCUACAGCAUGGAGCCCUGUGGGAGCCAGUGGGAGAAACGGGCCCCCAUGUCCAUCGCCCGCUAUGGCCACCAGAUGGCAGUAGUCGGGGACAGGAUCUACACCUUCCUGGGGAUGUAUGAGCCAUUCUGCGACAUUGAGUGCUACAACCCGCUACAAGACGAGUGGACCCGCCUCCGGCCCCUGCUGAAUGACCGCUUCUGCUACGGCCUCGCACUGAUGCCUCCACCAAACGAGGCGCAGGUGCUGCUGAUUGGAGGCCGGAAAUGGCGCGACGCACAGGAAGUGGCCACAGCCAACAUGUUGGUGUAUGACACUGAAAGCGACAGCUGGAGGGAGGUGUGCAAGCUGCCCAAGCCUCUGAGUGGGACACGGUGCACCCUGAUGCACAUCCCUGACCUCGCUGAGACAUAGAUAUGCCUCCAGGGCACACCCCUCACACCAACACACAAAUGCAUGUGAGCAUGCUCCCAUGGCAAGGUCUGCUGCUAACAAAGUGGAGACCUAUCCCUGAUAACAAAAACUUCUGUGGGUGGAAUCUUGGCAAGAGGGGCCUAAGGAAGGGUCCACUAUCACUGGAAGAGAGCUCAGUGUGCUGACAGGGGGGUCAGAAAACCAUAGGCGGUAACGUGUUGGCAUGGGGAGGGGGCAUAUUUCUCAUGGCAGUGAAAGCUGAUCAAUGCAAGCGAUGAUGGGAUUGUGUUGGGGUCAUUGAGUGAAGGGAGGAAAGCGAUACCUCAAUAGAGAGAAAGGAUAGCUUGAAAGAAGGACAUUUUUUUUCCCAGGAUUAAUGUUUACCAAUGGAAACCGCGUCGAUAUCACCAUAGCUGCUACCUAGUUUUCAGGUUUGUACACUCACAAACAGCCAGACAGAUAUCGAUGAUUUGAUUUGCAUGUCAUAUAUUUGAAUAACAGAUUUAUUUUUCAUGGUAUCAGAUACCUGUUACUAAAAACUGUUAAUGAUACAGACUGAAAUAGAAUUAACAAGGACUGCAGUUUUAAUCCACAGCCACUAGCAUGUGUGCAAAGAUCUGACAUGGUGGGCACUAAAGAGUAAUCCUUGUUCUGUGGUUUGCUUAGAAUAACGAUUAAAGAGUAAUCCAUAAAAAACAUGAACUAUGACCCCAAGGAGUAGCAAGGGUAUGCUAAUUGCCACUCACAUGGGUAAUGGGUCGUUGGAGGAGUCAUCAUUAGUAGCAGUUGGCCUGAGACAGACUCCAGGGAGGGAGGCUUGCUGAAAGAGCAGGGGCAUAUCAUCACCGUGGCAGAUUCCUCAAGAUCCCAUCAUUUCAUGAAAGCCAUCAGCAAUCAGAAGCAGUUUAAUGCUGUGUGUCUCUAAUUAUAUUAUUAAAAAUGUAACUAAAUUGUGUUCAACGUAAAACAAGCAAAGUUACUUAUGCUAAUCACACUUGUUUACAUAAUUUCUAAAAUUUGUCUGCAUAUGAAAUUAUUAAUAGAAAACUGGCUGAUGCACUUCAAACACUAUGCUAAAGUACAACACACAUAGACCUAUAUGUCUCACUGAAAGUAUACAAGUAGGGAGGGCAAAGUGGAGCUUUAGAACAUAGACUGCAGUGUGUGCACAUGAACUCAACAAUACAUUUCACACAGAAAACGUAGUUUGUCCACUUGUUUGUGAACUAAAAAAGAGCCCCUGCUCUUUCAGCAAGCCUCCCUCCCUGGAGUCUGUCUCAGGCCAACUGCUGCUAAUGAUCACUCCUAAAUGCUAGUGUGUUCUUGGCCUUUACUGGUCCACGUAUGAGGUUUGUAUGAUGUUGCAUUUUAACGGCACCUGGUCAUUCGAACAAUAUAGAUGAAAGCAAUUGAUUACAACCAAUGGUCAACAGCACCAAAAAUUUCCUUUGCACCAUCCAGAAAUGAAAAAAGUCCCACUAUAGGAUAGUUUUAAAUAUUUAAAAAUGUAAUCAUUUCUCUUGGGCUCUGUGAGUGAAGCAGUGCGAUUUGAAUGUACAGUUGCUAUGUAAAUUACAUCAGAUUCAGUAUUGUUAUUUGCUACCUAAACUUGGCAGCAUCACUCAAAAUAAUACACAAGAUUGGAGCCUGACAUGUCUAUUAUCAAAAUCCAUUUAAACUAUUCACCAAUCAGCUGGGACAUUUAUAUUGUAAGGCGGGAUAUAAUGAGUGUCCAGUGAAAAUAUUGACCUGACUAUCAUUCUGAGGCACCAACUGCCAUAUAUGAGCGAGUAAAAUCAGCCAGUCAGAGCCAGUUGUUAACCAAUGUUAACUCCAUAAAUGUAAACAAUGGAAUGUUCAGUGAAAUCUGUCUGUUUUUCGUGCCAUCAGGGUCCUGCUCUAUCAUUGAUGGAAUGCUGGUGAAAUGUGUGUUUAAAAGCCACAGUAAGUCCCAUUUGUCUUCAUUUUGUUAACUCAUGGACUCUCUGAAGCAUUAUAUUGUGAAACUGGCUUUAUUCAACGGAAGGUGUUAUGGGACUGAGGUGCAAUGCAUCAUUGCUGGUAAUGUACAGAACUGUGUAAAAUGUAGACUGUAUGUUUGUUUCUGGAUGUUAAGCCACCAUUUGCAAUUGUUUUGGUUAACAUACAUAUUAAUGUUCGGCUUCUGAAAACACAAUGCAUGUCUAAACCUACCACAUCAACUGAAAAAGCCAUUCAGAUAAUUACACCACAGAGCAGAGACCAUGAAUGGGAAAAUUAGCAAAAAUGCUAAUUACUAAUCUGGAAUGUUAAAUAAGAUAUGCAAAACAAACAAACACAAAAUAUAAUAAUAAUGUGCAAUAUUGACCCACAAAUUGAGAUGUUGAAGGAAUUUUGUUGGUGGAAUUUUUUUGUAACUUGUGUAGCUAAAUCCAGGCAACUGGGUGUUCAGGUACCAUGCUGACAGCAGUGUGGCCACAUGGAAGCAAGCUGUCCGAAUAUCUUUUGGAACUGUCUAGGUAACAACAUUUGGAUGAAGUACACAACAAUAUGAAAGACAGAUUGUUAUGACAGCUGUUCUUUUCCAUAUUUCAAUUACAUCUGGUAACAAGAAAGCGGACACCUGAAUAAGACAUUUCUAAUGGUCAGAAAAGAGGACCCUGUGCUGGAAAUCAACAACGAAAGAAAUUGAUUUAGUCAAAGAAGUUUUAAGCAGUUAGUCAAAGAAGUUAUAAGCAGUUUUGAAUAUUUGAAUAUCUUAUGCAAUAUAUAUGUAUUGUGUAGGCAUUGUGGUGGCAGUAAAGCAAACCAGUUCCUGUUCUUACACAAAAGAGUAGACAAAAUUAUAUAUAUAUAGUGUACUCUGCAUAUAUACAGUUGUGCUCAUAAGUUUACACACCCUGGCAGAUUUUGUGAUUUUUUUGGCCAUUUUUCAGAGAAUAUGAAGGAUAAUACAAAAACUUUUCUUCCACUCAUGGUUAGUGGUUGGGUGAAGCCAUUUAUUAUCAAACAAUUGUGUUUGCUCUUUUUCAAUCAUAAUGACAACAGAAACUAUCCAAAUGACCCUGAUCAAAAGUUUACAAACCCUGGAGGUUUUGGCCUGAUAACAUACACACAAGUUUAAAUAGCUAUUAAAGGUAACCAACCUCACCUGUGAUCUGUUUGCUUGUAAUCAAUGUGUGUGUAUAAAAAGUCAGUGAGUUUCUGGGCUCCUGACAGACCCCUGCAUGUUUCAUCCAGUGCUGCACUGACAUUGCUUGAUUCCGAGCCAUGGGGAAAGCAAAAGAAUUAUCAGAGGAUCUGCGGGAGAAGGCAGUUGAACUGUAUAAAACAGGAAAAGGUUAUAAAAAGAUAUCCAAGGAAUUCAGAAUGCCAUUCAGCAGUGUUAAAACUCUAAUUAAGAAGUGGAAAAUGAGGGAUUCUGUUGAAACCAAGCCACGGUCAGGUAGACCAACAAAAAUUUCAGCCACAACUGGCAGGAAAAUUGUUCGGGAUGCAAAGAAAAACCCACAAAUAACUUCAACUGACAUACAGGACUCUCUGAAAAAAAGUGGUGCGGCUGUUUCAAGAUGCACAAUAAGGAGGCUCUUGAAGAAAAAUGGGCUGCAUGGUCGAGUCGCCAGAAGAAAGCCAUUACUACGCCAAUGCCACAAAGCAGUCCACUUACAAUACGCCAAACAGUACAGAGACAAGCCUCAAAACUUCUGGAACAAAGUUAUUUGGAGUGAUGAGACCAAAAUUGAACUUUUUGGCCACAACCAUAAACGCUACAUUUGGAGAGGAGUCAACAAGGCCUAUGAUGAAAGGUACACCAUUCCUACUGUGAAACACGGAGGCACAGGGAACUUGGUCAAAAUUGAUGGUAAGAUGAAUGCAGCAUGUUAUCAGAAAAUACUGGAGGAAAAUUAGCACUCAUCAGCCCGGAAGCUGCGCAUGGGUUGUACUUGGACGUUCCAACAUGACAAUGAUCCAAAACACAAGGUCAAGUUGACCUGUCACAGCAGAAAAAAGUGAAGGUUCUGGAGUGGCCAUCUCAGUCUCCAGACCUCAAUAUCAUUGAGCCACUUUGGGGAGAUCUCAACUGUGCAGUUAAUGCAAGACAGCCCAAGAAUUUACAGGAACUGGAGGCUUUCUGCCAAGCAGAAUGGGCAGCUUUACCAUCUGAGAAAAUAAAGUGCCUCAUCCACAACUACCACAAAAGACUUGAAGCUGUCAUUGAUGUUAAAGGGGGCAAUACAUGGUAUUAAGAACUAGGGUAUGUAAACUUUUGA